AUGUCGGACAAGAGGAAACGCGAUCGCGAGGAGGGAGGGAGUGAGAGGAAGAAGCAAAAGAGGGGCUUCGUCGUGGGUCCGGACAAUCUCCCAGAUGGAACCUACAGACGAAAAAGUGCGCCGAAGAAUUCCACGAAAGCACCCCAAAGCCGUCUACUAACAUGAAGUCCAGACCAAAAGAUCAAACAGAACCUGAUCGAAAAGGCGAAACUGAAAAAGGACUACGCAAAACUCAAAAAGCAAGGCAAACUACCCACCGAAGAAGAAUCCCUUCCAAAACCUGCCUCCAUGGCAGUCGAAGACGAAGCCGAAGCCGAAGAGCCCACCACAGCACCUCAUCCAGACCGACAGACUCUCAUCGACAACGAAGAAGAAGAGCCUCUACCCCAAGAGAGACCUCCUCGACAGCGCAAGCCCAAAGCGAUACCAUUUCAAAAGGAGCAUGAAGCAGCUCAGAAACGGAAAGCAGAGGCCGAGGAGCGUCGCAAAGCCCGAGAAGAAGCCGAGAAGGAGCGGCAGAGAAAGAUCGAAGAGCGUGAGAAAUUCAGACGAGCAAUGGCGAAAGCGAGGACGGGUGGAAAGAAUGGACAGAGGAAAUUGGGCAGGGAGAGUAAACCGUUGUUGGAGAAGGUGAAGAGAUUAGUUGGGGAGAGCUAA